AUGCCGAUUUUUAGUACGUUAUAUGAACAAUUGAGUUAUCGCACAAUUCUCGGAGGUUUUCGAUUUUCAGAAGUCUCGACCAUCACAAAUUUCAGGAUGUCUUCAUCAAGUGAGGAUAUUGGCCAAUUCGGAUUAGGAUCGUCUAAGGAUGUCAAAGACCAAGAUGAAAGGGAGAGCGAACAGAAACCAACGCAAGGUAUGGCUGAGAAGUUACAAUAAUGACGAAUGGCAAUAUUUUUUUUCGGAAACUUUUUUGUAUGAUGAGUUUUUAUGAAGAAAAAAAAGUCUCUAAAAAAACUUUGUGAAAUCCGAACGAUUUCAGAAAUCGAUAGUCACGAGGCAGAAAAACUUAUGGAGAAAUUCGCAGCGAUUACUGGAACAGAUGAAAUAUUCGCUCAAACCGUUCUGCAGGACGUAAAUUGGAAUCUAGAGGUUAUUUCAUUUAAAAAAAACACUUCGACCAGAGCUACUGUUUAAAGGCGGCUUUAGACGUUUUCUAUGGAAGCGAAGGUUUCGCUGAAAUUCGUUCAGCUGUAGUAGUGGGACAAAGUUCCUCGAUUUCUCGAGCUCCUCUCCCACCUGUCAACAUCGAGGUGAUUCAUCCAAUAAGUUCCUUUUUCUACGCUUUUUGUUGGGCUUGGACGUGUCGUUGAUGUCGUGGAACAUCGACGGACUCGACGGCAGAAGUCUUGCCACAAGAAUCAAGGCUGUACACAAGAUCAUUACCAAGUAUAUAUCUAUAUCAUUUUUUGACAUUUCCUAUUAGUUUGAGCCCCGACUUUGUCUUUUUGCAAGAGGUCGUCGAGAGAGAAAUCAAGACAAUCGAGAGGCUCGAAGUGCAAUACAACAUAUUAUACUCCAAUCGAAGUUUUUUUUUCAAUAACUUGCAAGGAGAUAUUUUAAAUCAGCAGCGUGCGACACAUGAACAUUAAUACUGCAGGUUCUCCUUACUACACUGCAAUAUUAGUCAGCAAAAACUUCGUAACCGAAAAACACGACGUUGUUCAUUAUCAGAACUCCGGGAUGCAUAGGACACUUCAAAUUGUCGAGGUUUGACGUGAAAAGGUUAUUUUGUGGAAGGUUUCCAGGGCAUGAUUGGUGUUCAAAAAGUAUUUUUACUAAACACUCACUUGGAGAGUAUGAAGGAACACAGUGUUCAGAGGUUAUUUCGAAAUAGUUAUUUAUGAUUUAUUCCUGAGGCGCUUCCAGUUGGCUUUCUGCUUUGAUAAAGUACGUGAUAUUAUUCGUGCGAACCCUAACAGUCUCGUGUUUUUCGGUGGCGAUCUGAACGUCCGAGAUGAUGAGGUAAAUUUUUGUUUGGAAUGCGUUCUGCAAGUCAUAGCAAUAUAAAAAAAUCUUGUGAAAAUUUUAAAUUUGACUUAUCGCGAGUCUUCCUACUCCUCAAAACGAUUCGUUUGAAAAUAAACUCGGGAAAGCCCAAGAGCCGCCGCAGAUCUUAGCAAUUUGUGCCACACAGCUGGUAUUUAGGUGAGAUGAAGAUGUUUAAGCUGAAAAUUAAAAGAUAAGAGUCCUGGUACAAAACCACAAUUUUAAUUUUAUUCUCCAGAUGGUCGAUCUUCCCCAAGGAAUGCGAGAUGCUUGGAUUGCGGCGGGAAGUGAUAUCAAAACUAAAUUCACCUGGGACAUGCGUUUGAACAACAACAAAGAGAUGCAUGCGAAUGCGCGAAUGAGGUUAUUUACCCAAUUUUUUAAUGUUCUAUAUUUCAUACGGUACGACGCGGUAAGAUUAAAAAAAUUUAUCUUUUUCAUAUAAAAACUUUAUUAUGGUUUGAGGGACUAUCGUCGAAAUUUGUAUAUUUGUUUUCUGAAACGUUUUUGGUAUUUGUGAUAUAUGUUCCAUGUAACUUUGAAGCCCAAAAAAUUCUGAUGUCCGCAAAAAGCUAGCAAAUUUCGAUAAAGCUCUUCACGUAAGAAUUUCGCGGAACCACUUUGAACUUCUAAAAGAGUAAAAUUGUAUAUAAAACUGCACGGUACUGCAAAACUUGCAUUGCUGUUCAAAUUUGAAAGAUUUUUAUUUAAAGAUCGCGAGUUUAAAAAUUUAACGGAAACGUUUCAUUCAAGCUAUUCUUUCAGGUUCGACAGGAUUUUUUGGUACGGUCCGUUGAAAUCAGUAAACAUUUCUCUAGAAGGCCGGCAACGUAUAAGAUCAUGCCUUUGCUUCCCUUCCGAUCAUUGGGCUGUUCAUGCCGUUUUUUCGUGA